AUGCUUUCCUCUUUCUUUUCAAUUCAGUUUGUGCAUCGUGAUGAUGGAUUGAAUACUGCAUUUGAAAUUUUCAUUAAAAACCAUGAAGGACAAAUAUUGAAUCAAUUUCAGGAUACUUAUUUUGGUUUAUGUUUUGGUGGGUGUGGAAUUGGGAAAACUGAGUUGGUAACUCAAUUUUGUAUGAAAAUGAUCAAAGAGUAUAAAAAUGUUCUUGUCUUAGAUUUGAAUAAUAAAUUUCACUCAUUUGACCAAAAUAUGUGCAAAGAUGAUCAAUGGCUCAGAUUAUUUCUAGCUACUGUAUACUUUGGCAGAAGAAAAUUAAAACUAUCUGCAUUAUUAAAACGAUAUUAUGCAACUAUAAAGUGCAUUGAGGGAACGUUAUGCGUUGUGCAACUUGGUAAUUAUAACCAUUCGUCUAUUGGAACAAGUAUUGCUGCUGAGCAGGAUGUUGUUCUUGUUCCUAUUUUAUCUGGUAUCUUUGGUGGAAAUGUUAAAAAGACAAUUAUUGAAAGUCAGCAUUCUGUAAAAGUUCUGUCAACACCACCAUUAUCAUUUGAUGCUUCUAUCUGUGUGUUGAGAAUUUCAAAGGAAGUCUUGAAGCAAUCUCCUUUCAAACUUUGUAUUUUGAUAUUCGAUAUUGGUAGAGUUGCUCGAUUACUCAUGGAUUUUUUAGAAUCGCAGAUGGUCAAUAGAGUUUCGGAGUGUUAUAGUAUUGUUACUUCACAAGGACAACAGAAUAUAAUAAUUCUUCUAAAAUCAGCUCUAAAGGAGCUUAUAAGAUGCAUCAUUACUGGAACAUUAAUUUAUUAUGGUACUCAACUUUCAGAAACUGAAGUAACUUAUAUUAACCUUAAUCACCAUGGAAUUUUUCAUUAUUGUCUAUUGUCAAACGAUCAAUUUGUUAUAACAAUGCCGUGGAUCUGGCAGGAUUUUGAGAGAUUGGAAGCGUAUUUGAAGACUUUAAGGACUGGAAGCGGUACUACAAUUAAAGAGCAAUUUUCUCAUACAUACAUGAAUGCAAAUGUUUUGAAAUGGAAAAUUGAGCCAUGUGAACAAAUAAAUCCUGCGAUUAAUUCUCAUUCCAGCCGUAGGUCAGGAUCCAAAUAUAUUGGAUUAUUAAAGCAAACAAAGCACUUCACGCUAAAAAUGAAUGGCAAAAUAUUUUCAUCAGAAGUGAUCAAAUGGUAUAAUAAUGCAAUGGAGAAAUUCAAUAAUGCUAGAAUUUUUGAAUCAAUAGGAUUUAUCCUUUUUACUAAUCGUAAUAUUAGUAAGAUUGAUCGUGAGAAAGCACUUGCAGUAUACUCCAACUUGAUCAUAAUCUGUAGAGAUAAUCUUGAGAAUUAUAUGUCACAUACUUUUUUAUAUAGAGGAUUUGUAAAUGAGGAAUAUAGAAACGAAAAGAGUGCAUAA